AUGUUGGUUCUUUGUAACAUAAUCUGGGCAUGUAUCACGCUGAUUCCUUUGGUAUCUUGCAGUAACAGGGACAAAACAUACACCAAUCCCAUUCUUCCGGGAUGGAACUCAGAUCCAAGCUGUACAUUCGUCAAGGAGUGGGACGAUACUUUCUUCUGCACUACAUCCUCCUUCUUAGCAUUUCCUGGGGUACCUAUCUACGCCAGUAAAGAUCUUACUAACUGGAGGCUAGCCAGUCAUGCCCUCACUCGUCCAAGCCAACUGCCUGAACUUUGUAAUCCAGGUCAACAGAUGGAAGGCAUGUGGGCAUCUACGAUUCGCUACCGCGACGGGACGUUCUAUCUCAUUACAUCCUACAUCCAAUGGAAUGACUGGGCUCCAAAGAUCUUACUCUUCACAACAAAGCAUCCCUUCGAAGACAAUUGGAGCGAUCCUGUUGUGAUUGAGAAUCCUGCCAACGAUAUCGAUCCAGACAUCUUCUGGGAUGACGAUGGAAAGAUCUACAUGGCUGUUGCUGCGGGCAUUUGGAUUAGCGAGAUCAACAUUGAGACGGGUGCAGCUACAGAGCCCUUCAAAGUCUGGAAUGGUACAGGAGAUCGCAAUCCGGAGGGCCCUCACUUUUACAAGAAAGAUGGCUACUACUACCUCUUGAUCGGAGAGGGCGGCACUGAGCUGAACCACACUGCGACGCUUGCACGAUCGAAGGAUAUUCGAGGGCCGUACGAAGGGUACCCUGGAAAUCCGUUCUUGACGAACAAGAACACAGAUGAGUACUUCCAGACAGUUGGUCACGCAGACCUCUUCCAAGACGCUUCGGGCAACUGGUGGGCCGUUGCACUUGCCACUCGAUCUGGACCUGCCUGGGAGGUAUAUCCAAUGGGUCGAGAAACCGUGCUGGUGCCGAUGAAGUGGGAGAAGGGCGAAUGGCCGGUCAUCGAUCAGGUUCGCGGCAAGCAGUCCGGACCUCUGCCACCAACGAACAAGCGUGUCAAGGGCAAUGGUCCGUUUGCUGACGAGGGCGAUGAGCUGAAUUUUGCCCCCGGAUCAUCGUUCCCCAAACAGUUGCUAUUCUGGAGGCCACCAAGAACAUCUCUGUUCGCCAUCUCGCCACCAGGGCAUCCCAAUACCCUACGCAUCUCGCCCUCAAGAGUCAAUUUGACUGCUGACACUGUCUACAACCCGGCUGGAGACGGUAUCGCAUUCAUCGCUCGCAAACAAACCGCCACUACAUUCGACUACAGUGUGGAACUGUCGUUUCAACCCACGCAAGCAGAUGAGGAGGCAGGAGUCACCGUUUUCCUGACCCAAAUGCAACACAUCGAUCUCAGCGUCAUAAAUCUCGCCACCAACGGCAGCCUUGCACCUCACCUUCGGUGGCGUGUGGAAGCAGUCGGCAACCCCAACUAUACCGCACCAGAAGCCAAUACGGUGCCCUUGCCAAAGUCAUGGCGCGCUCAGCCUGUUCGUCUGAGUAUCGAAGCCACGGAAGACUCACAGUAUAGCUUCUCGGCAGCGCCCGUGUCGAGGCCCAAGGAAGCGAUCAGUAUGGGAACUGCGAGUGCUGAGAUUGUGUCAGGCGGUAGCGGCCCUUUCACUGGCACAAUUGUUGGCGCUUUUGCUACUAGCAAUAACGGAACUGGUACUACUCCGGCGUACUUCAGUAGAUGGCGAUAUACUCCGAAGAAGCAGGCGGUAACGGCUGGCGUGUUUAUUCCAGCUUGAAAGUCUAGGUCUUCAGACAAGAAGAGGUUUGUUUUGAAAAAGCACCAAUUGGAAAGAGACACAACUUUAACAAAGCUGCAAUACUACAACAUAAGACUGGGGCUUGCCAGAGUACUCUGUAUUGGAUACCUGUUUGCUUUUAGUCAAUUAUUAACAGGGCGACUAGAGUUAAAAUGCUAUGGGUUGUUGCCCUACGCUAGU